AGCGGUUAGGAUAAUCGAAGAUUACCGCGACGAUAUCAGCGCCACGUUUUACAUCGCAACUCGUGUUGGUUACUGAUACAGCUGUUGAGGCACGAAACCGCCGUAAAAUUCUCCGUUUGACAAGUGUCACGUAUACCUUUCUCUCUUUCGGAAACGGGACUUUUUGCUGGCUGACGAGAGAGUGAACAUUUUCAUCACGAAAAUGAGGGAGGCUGGAAUUAUGCUGAUAAGCACCGCGCUAACGUGCGUUGUUAUCGGCAAUGCGUACUAUCAAAGAAAACAAUUCUAUCCGACCGUUGUUCACAUAACCAAAUCCAAUCCGAGCAUGACCGUGAUUUACGCGCAAGGAUUCAUACUCGCGUUCAUGAUAAACGCCUUUCUACGAAAGAUCUUUUUCGGUACCCUACGCGCUGCCGAGCUCGAGAUGGAAAGAAGUCCAGUAAUAACAUGGUUAUUUCACCUCAGAGUUGCUACCUUAUUAGGGCUUUUAUUUGGUAUAAAUUUAACAAUGAUACAUUAUGCAUAUAAUACAACAGCCACUAAAGGACCUUCUGUACAACUUGUAUUUGGUUUUGAAUAUGCAAUUUUGCUGACUGUUGUGUUUAAUAUCACUGUAAAAUAUGUUUUGCACACUAUUGAUCUACAAAGUGAAAAUCCAUGGGAUAACAAGCCAGUAUUCUUAUUAUAUACAGAAUUGAUUAUUGGCUUAUUAAAGGUUAUCCUCUAUGUUGCCUUUGUGACUUUAAUGAUAAAGUUAUUCACAUUACCUCUAUUUGCAUUACGUCCUAUGUAUUAUACAAUGCGUGAUUUUAAAAAAGCUUUUCAUGAUAUUGUAAUGUCACGAAGAGCUAUCAGGAAUAUGAAUACACUCUAUCCAGAUGCUACAACUGAAGAAUUAGCUGCUGCUGAUAAUGUCUGCAUAAUAUGUCGGGAAGAAAUGGUUGCAGCUAGUAAAAAAUUGCCGUGUAAUCACAUCUUCCAUACUGCUUGUUUACGUUCUUGGUUUCAACGUCAACAGACAUGUCCGACAUGCCGUUUGAAUAUUUUGCGACCUACGCCGAACAAUGCACCACCUAGACAACAAAAUCCUCCUCAGCCAGGGCCACAGGCACCUCCUCAACCUCCACAAGCACCUGGUGGCAAUCCCCCUAUUGGACCGCCAUUUCAUUUCCCACUAUUUUGGGCUGGAUUACCAGCUCCAGGAAUGCCUCAACAACAGCAGCAGCAGCAGCAACAACAACAACAGCAGCAGCAGCAGCAACCACCUCAGACCAAUGCUGGAAAUACGCCUCCACCUCAAAGUAUACCACCUACCGGAAAUAUACCGCUUUUCCCACCAAUAUUUCCUGCAAUAGUGCCAUUGCCACCUAUUCCUGUACCACCACCAAAUUUAACCGAAUUAAGCGAGGAAGAGCUUAGAGCCAUGGAAGGUACUUUGCGGCAAGCUGUUCAGGCUAGAAUACAAACGUUGCAAAGAAUUCAACUUUUACUAGAUGCAGCCAAUGCAAUGAUGAAUCAAUAUCAAACAGUGGCUGUUACAGCUAAUAUUCCUGUGCAAAACAGUUCUACAAGCAAUAUCGAUAAUACAUUGGAUACAUCUACGAUGGCAGAACCAACUGCAAGCAGUACAGCGCAUGCAAGCGCCGGGAUCACUGACGAAAAUUCUCAGGUUAAGGUGGAAAAUAUUCCUACUCCAAGUACAUCGAAAGAAAAUACUUUUCCAAGUACAUCAAAAGAAGAUGGGUCAACAUUUAACGAAUUUAUCGAUUUGUCAGAUUUAUCUAGGACUGAGACGGAAUCUUCGAACGAACAAGAAAUGCUACGCAGACGUAGAUUACAAAAAUUUUCACCUCCGCCAGCAACAGAAUAAAUAAAAAUAAAAUUGUGUGAUAAAGAUUAUGUAACAUAAUAGUCUUUAACUUGGUUAAUAAUCGGCCUCAAUUAAUACAAACAAUCAAUAAUUGAGGUUGUAACAACUAAAGUUUGGAUUUUGUGAUCGAUAUGAGAGAGUUUGUUACGAUAUUCAAGUCGAUCAGUCAAUCUA